UUAAAUCGAACGGCUUCUGUGUUGGCUGUCUAUUUUACAAAAGAUCAACCAAGCGUGCAACAAUGAACGAAGUAGAUCUUGAGCUCAAACUACAUGACUUCGAUAUCAACAAAGUACAAAACAGCUACAGGACGCUUUUUAUUGAUCCUGGGAGAAAGACUGUUUUCACAGCGGCAGAGAGUGUAAGCACAAAAGCUCAUAGUCUAUUGCGUUGUACCAUCCGUGAAUGUUAUCACAUGACCGGAUCUACGAGAUACCAGGCUGACCAGAGACGACAGAAAAAAGAAAUUCGAACUGAAUCAAUUGAAAGUGAGAUGCCAUCCCACAAGACAACUUCCUACCAAUUAUAUACUGUCUGGGGACGCAAAGUAUAACAGAAGACGAAGCAAAAAGAAGAAAAAGAACAAGAAGAAGAAGAAAGCUGCCCCAAGGCUACAACCAAUG